AUGAAGUACGCUCUUACCGCCGCUCUGGUCCUUCAAAGUACUACCGUUCUCGGUAGUCUUCUGCCUGUUCACUUCACGGCGCCUUCUCCAGCACAUUUUCUUGACAUUGUUAACAAUGGCACGUACGAUUUGGGCUGCAGGCCCAAGGCGGUUCCAUCCGAGCAGGGCCACUUCGAGCUUCACGCUCUUCUGACUGAGGAUCAAAUCGCGUAUCUUUCCAAGGAGUACGAGAACUCUGAAGAGGUCAGCCUCCAUCGCCGGGAUCUUACUAAGAGGGCCGCCGACGCUCCAAUUGGUAGUGGCGACCGCUGGCAGGGUGGUGCCGUUACACCAGCUGGUCUUGGUACCAAGGCUGCGGGCUCCACUUUCAGCAGCAUCAUGAAUGUCAACGAGAUCAACUCAGCCAUCAAGGGUCUUGUCAACGGAUAUGGCAUCAGCACCGUCACCCUCCCAUACAAGACCUUCAACGGUGCUACACAAACCGCUGGAUACGUUGGCGCCGGUACAGACAAGUCCAAGUACCGCCUCUAUCUAUCUGCUGGCAUGCACGCACGCGAACGUGGAGGUCCUGAUCAGCUCAUCUACUGGAUCUCUGACCUCUUGGCCGCAAACAAGGCCGGAACCGGCCUGAAAUACGGUAGCAAGACUUACACCAACGCCCAAGUCAAGAGCGUCCUGGCUGCUGGUAUUGUCUUCUUCCCUCUCGUCAACCCAGAUGGUGUCGCAUACGACCAAUCUUCUGGAUCGUUAUGGCGCAAGAACCGCAACACCCGAUCCGGAAGCAGCGGCGCCUCCGUCGGUGUUGACAUCAACCGCAACUUCGAUUUCCUCUGGAACUUCAAGAAAUACUUCGACCCCUCCACAUCUCCUGCAUCUACCUCACCCAGCUCGGAAGCGUUUUACGGCUCGGCUGCUGCGUCUGAGUCAGAGACCAAGAACCACGUCAGUGUCUACGAUUCAUUCCCGGGCAUCAGAUGGUUCAUGGAUAUCCACUCUGCUACCGGUGACAUCCUUUACAACUGGGGUGAUGAUGAGCUGCAGAGCACUAGCACAACAAUGAAUUUCCUCAACAGCGCAUACGAUGGAAAGAGAGGUCGUAUUGGUGACUCAACGUACAAGGAGUACAUUCCCUCAGCUGAUGCCACGAACAUCAAGAACGUUGCUGCCAAGACCGCUGCUGCAAUGAAAGCAGUAGGCGGACGAUCCUACACUUCGAUGCAAUCCGUGGGCCUGUACGCUACUUCUGGUGCUUCAGAUGACUAUGCUGCUAGCCGCACAUACGCCAAGUCUGGUGCCAACAAGAUUCACGGGUUCACCAUGGAAUUUGGAUACGCCACCAACUUCUACCCAACUCUGUCCGAGUUCAACACCAACAUUCUCGACACGAACGCUGGAUUCAUGGACUGGGCACUUGCUGCGAUUGCCGUUGGCCUCGUAUAA